UACUUUAACUUUACCAGGUGUUAAGAGAUAGUAAUAUUGGUGAAUGACAGACGGUAUAUUGAGGGUAAACAAUGCAGUCAGGACCCUAGCUUGCUAACAGUCGGCCCAACAGUCACCGAACAGCAGUUUCCUUGGGAUUCCUGAAUUGGGCGCAACGGUGUGUGCGUCACAAUACCAGUCCGUGUUCAACGUUGAGUAGUUUUGUUUACAGAAUGGAUGAAUUUAAAGUCUGUAAUCUGGACUAUAUCCCCGAAAAUAUUCUAAUCGAUGUGUUGUCAUAUCUUGGGGUACGGGAACUUGUCAGAGCUGGAAGAGUGUGUACGAGAUGGAGACGCCUUGUUAAAGACCAGAGACUGUGGAGAUUUGUCGAUCUGACUGUUUGGAAAGGGGUGUCUUCUCGGAUACUUUGGAUCCUGGUCCGUCAGUACUUUGGUUGUGGGUUACGGUACCUUCGAUUGCGAGGUUUACUGCUUUCUGCCCGAGGGGGCACCUUUCUGUCUGAGUCUUGGCUCAAAGCUUUGUCCACAAAGUGCCCUCGCCUGAGAAAGCUCUACCUGCUGCAUACAGACUUAAGAGACCUCCCCAGCUGUCAGCUUCUACCUCCAUCAUUGCAGGUGCUGGAGUUGUGCGGUUGUGAGCUACCUCCUAACUUUUUUAACCAAAGUUUGCCUGCUUCAUCUGCUGGUCCUCGGGAGGGAUCAGAUGCCGCAAGCGUAGGUGCUAAAAAGCAAGGACGGGAUCAUAUAAGUAAAGGGUCCGCUUCUGCAACAGGGAUUACUAUUGAGAGAUUGAUUCUUAACAAUGUGCCCUCUUUCACAGACGAGCAUUUGCAGAGUCUGACGUCAUGGGAAAAACUCACUCAGCUGAAGCUACGUGACACCUUUCGGGUCACAGCUAAUGGGCUAAGGAGCUGUGCAGCCAAGGAUGGUGUAUCUGGUGUGGAAGGUCUUUGCAGGCUUAAGUUUUUAGAAUUGGGCAUCACUGGGCGGCAGGGCUAUCAGUUACAGAUGGCGUCUCUUGGGCUAGGGGCAGGUUGGCUUGGGUUGGAGGAGCUCAGUCUGGGUGGUAAAGAGGUGGGGCCAGGGUUGCUCUGUGCCAGCCGUCUGAAAGACCUGAAGCAUUUGUGUCUCUGGGCCUGCACACUCAGUGAAAUGCAAAUAGUGAAGAGUUGCAGGAUGCUUUGUGGUCUUCGCUGCCUGGAGUUUGUGGAUGUGACCUUCCAGCCUCGGCAGUGUCCCCCAGUGGUGGAGGGGGAGGGUGGUGCUGAAGAAGAGCAGGACAGUGAGGAAGCUGUGGGUGGAGAUGCCAGCAAUGAUGAAAAUAAGAGACCGGAUGAGGCCGAUCCCAUUCCAAGUCUGCGUCGUUCACUGGCUGUCCUGCUGCCAUAUUGCACUCUGGUUUUUACCAAUUGCUCGGUUCAAAUUAAUGCAGACUAAACAAAUAUCAACUUCAGCUGUAUAUUCAGCUAAUAUAGACACCACCCUCCACUGCUUAUUUGAAUUUACAUGAUGAUACUGGUGCAAAGAAGACUAACAAUUAUGCCCACCUCACAUGGGCUCAACAAAACAUGACAAGACUUAAAUAAGUAGAGAAAAAUCACAAUUUUUAAAUUACACUUUGAAGCUGAAUUGCUUUUUAAAAUUAUUUUUUCAAAUCUUUAGGUUUUUAAAAUUUAGAUGGUAUUACUGAAAAAACAUUUACUGUAUAAGACAUCAGGAUGAAUAGAAAGCUUGAUUGUCCAUCUUGCCUACUUUGGCUUUUGAGGCUAUGAUUUUGAUCUGUGUGUACUUGAAUCAUAUAUUAUAAUACUGUGUCAUGUAUGUUCAAUACAAAACAUUGGGACUCACUAUUCAGUUUUCCCAAUUUACACUUUUUUUUUUUCCUAAAUAUUUCAAAAUCUGCCAACCUCAAUAACCAGUGGAAGCAUACUACUUUUAACUACUGUGAUGAAAAGAUGCCUCUAGGUAGCAAUCUAUUAUAUAUGCCAUAUUUGUAAUAUUCAUAUAUUCCACUUUUUUGUUUUGACAGGACACAUUCAAGUCAUUUCUGAAAGCUCAAAUGACAUUACAUUUAUCGGUUUUCUGGUGAUUAAAAUAACAUACUAUUUAUUAUUAACAUAAUCGGUAAUUAAUGUAUGUUUAUAAUCCAUCCACUUGAAUACCUGUUUUUAAUACACUGUUAUGGACUAAAUUGCAGUUUGAGCUGCCAUUGUAAGACUACAAGCACAUGAGCAGGUGUCAGCUACAAAGACUGGGAACUGAACCAUACUGUUGACAAUGAUCCACCUGUUUCCUGUUUCUUCUCCACUUUUCAACAAUGUAUACAUUCACAAAGCUAUCUGUUGUAAGCAGAUGUAUGGUUUUGGCUUUAGUAUUACAGCACCACUGCAAAACAGUCAAACUCCACUUCCAUGUUUCCUGUCAGAUUGUCUUUUUUCUAACACAUUUCUUAGAAAUAAGAAAUGCAAAUUUCAAAUGUUUCCUGAAAAUAUUUGUCCAUGAACUGUAUGUUUUAAGCACAUAUUUAGAAAUGUAUAGUCUUACAUGAGAAACAAUUUUAAAUAAAGCUAUUUUGAAACAUA